GAUCGGCAACUGACAUGUUGAUAUGUCAGAAAGACAGCCGUUCUUUUCCUCUUUCAUUGUUCACGAAUUUGGCUGAAUAAACACUUCCAAGAUGUUGAGUCUCGAUCUUAUGACUGAUAGGGACAGGAAAGAGGCUGCGGCCAUCGACAGGAGGAGACGUAUGGAGGAAGCUCGAAUGAAGAGGAUAUUUGACCCGAAAACGAGGUUGUUUGGGAUCGACUAUGAAGCUCUCGACAAGCAGAUAGCGGAGAAGAAGAGGAACGAGGACGAGCGGAAACGCAUAGAGCAGAUAAUGGACCAGCAAAUGGUGAAAAACGACGAGAUCGCUCUGGCUUACGAGAGGAAGGAGAAGCAGGAGCGGGCCAAGCUGCUUCAGGAAAUAAACAGCUUUCGUAAAGUUUAUCAACGUUUCGAAGACAGAAGGGAGUUCGACAUAAACGACCCGCAAGGGAUAAAGAAGGAUAUCCCCGCUCGUAUCCACGAUGACGACCCCAGAUUAGGUCCGUCUUCUGCUCAGAAGUUCGAGGGGGAGGACCUGGUCAGCGCGCAAAGGUUGCGUAUCCAGCGGGAACAGAUUAAAUCGUGGCUGGAUCAGCAGAUGCAGGAGAAGGAGGCGGCCCAGAAGGAGCAAAAAGCGGCCGAGGAGGCCUACAAGGCGGCCAUGGUGGCCAGAGACGAGAGGGCGCUGCAGCUGGAACGGAUGGAGAUGGAGUGCCGCAAGAGGCUGUACGAGGCCAACCGGAAGUUCAACGCGGCGCUGGCAGCGGAAAAAGACUUCGAAAAGAAGGUGCUUAUGAAGCAGACGACGGAAGACAACUUCGCCGAGAUCUACAACACCAUGACCAGCGACAUGAUGGCGGAGAACCCGGAAAUAGCAAUCAGCAACCUUGGCCCAGGCAGGAAGAUCUCCUCUCAGUACAAGGGCAUGUCGAGGGAGGAAAUGGAGCAGAUAAGGCAUGACCAGCUGGCUCAAAUAGAAGAAAAAAAGAGGCAGAAGGCGGCCGAGAAGCGAGCGGACCGUGAGUUCGACGAUUACCUGAACGGGACGCAGAAGACGAUAGCGCUAAUGGACCUGGACCUCAGGAGGAAGGAGAAGGAACGUUUAAGAGCCCUAGCAGAGGACAAUUUGAAAAUGGCCGAGGAACAGAAAUUGAAGACCAAGUAUUUGGAGCAAGUGGUAUAUGCCAAUCGACCGACAGCAGCUUACUUCGAUCAGUUCAACAAGUCAACAAGAUAAAUACUGUCAAUAUAUUAAUUUCUUCCAAGUUUGACUAUAUAUUUUAUUACAUUUCUAUUGAAAA